AUGAUCACCCUUGUCUUAUUCCUGCCGCUGCUGCCUUUGACUGGCGCCACUCUGUCGAGAUUCACCUUCGUGCUGGCCGAUCGGGAGGUCCAAUGUUUCUUCGACGAGGUCGAGAAGGACGCCGAGUAUCACCUCGUGUUCCAGGUGAUUGCAGGCGGACACUAUGAUGUAGAUUGCUUCAUUGAAGAUCCCAAAGGGCAAAUGAUCUACAGGAAGCACAAGAUACACCAAGAAAACUACAAAGGGAAGGCAGAGAUGUCAGGGGUCUACAAGUUCUGCUUUGGCAACCAGUUCUCCAGCUUCACCCACAAGAAGAUCUACUUCCACCUUCAGAUAGGCAAAAUGUCUCCAGUUAUCCCUGAUGACCCCAGCAGGGCUUCUGCUCUCACCCAGCUGGAGUCUUCCUGUACCAACGUCCAUUAUACCCUGAGGAAAGUGGCCAACCUGCAGUCACAACAACGUGUACAGGCACUGAUCGACUGGCUGCAUGCAGACAGUGUCAACACCCAUAUCCUGUACUGGGCAGCGAGUGAGACCAUCAUCCUUUUCCUGGUUACGGUUGGACAGGUGAUUGUUCUGAAGAGGUUCUUCUCUGAGAAAAAGGCCAAUGCAUAUGCGGCCGGCACUAGAACCUAG